GUUCAAGGUCAUUGAACGUUGAAGGUUUUGGGACUCUAUUCUUAAGCUUCGCCCUGAUUCGUUCAAGAUGGGUUUGGACAACCACAGAAAUCUACUAGAAAAGAAUUAACAUAGGCUCUAAGCCUUCUAUCCUCAACCAAUAAAGCUGAAAUAUGAAUCUGACCUUCACAGCGUAGUUUGGCCUUCAAAAAGUGUGAGUUUAAAAGGGUGCAUGGGAUGGCUGAAAUAUUUUACAACGGUAGGAGAGUUGAUGGUCGCAGACCUAAUGAACUUAGACGAAUACACUGCCAAUUUGGAUCGGGCAAUUCUGACGGAAUAGUAUUUCUUCACCAGGGGAAUACAAAAGUGAUCGCAUCAGUAGUUGGACCUCACGCGUCGAAAACAAGUGUCGAUGCAGAUAAUGCGACCAUUACGUGCCAGUUUACGAAGCCUCCUUUCGCCUCAACUUCUGGAGAACGGCGAAAACUGUCAUCAAAAGAUAGGUCAGCAAAUGAUUUCGCAACUGCAAUUGAAGAAAUAUUUUCAUGUGCCGUAAAAACGGAGAAGUAUCCUAUGUCACAAAUAGAUAUUUUCCUUGAAGUUAUUCAAUCCGAUGGAUCUGAGUUCGCUUGUGCUGUGAAUGCAGCUACUCUUGCGUUAACUGAUGCAGGCAUUGAAAUGAAUUAUCUUGUCAGUGCAGCCACAGUUGGUCUAUGGGGUUCGCACGUAUUUGCUGACCUUUGUCGCUUCGAAGAGAAUCCACGUCUGUCUCAGUUAACGGUUGUUUGCCUUCCCAAUAUGCAACACCGCUGUAGCCUGGACUCAGAUGAAGAUUCAGGUCCUGAGAUUCUUCAUACACGUCUUUCCUCAUGGUUGCCAGUUGACAAAUUGCAACCGCUUAUUACGGAAGCCUUAGCAGUCGCUCAAACGCUUCAUAAAGAAUUUUCCUACUGGCUACGAGGUCGUGUGCGUAGUGGACUUGUCACCAGAUAAAUGAAUUACUCAAGUGUUAAAUCCGAUGAUUUCUAUAAAACAACAAAAACUCCACGCAUUUCAGAUUAAUUUAUUCGUGAAUGUGUAUUUAUUUUAUUAAUAAAUGAUACUUCAUCAGGGCCUAUCCAUAAAGGAUGAAGUCUCUAGAGCGUAAGGAUCCAUAGUGAGUACUCAAUAAUACGAGAGUUAUAUAUUUAUAUGGGAAGUUUUGAAGGUCGGAACACAACAGUGAAGAAAUGUUGUAGAAAUAAACUUUACAGAAGUAGUUUAUAAAUUUAAUAAGGUAUAUCCCAGUAAUUCUGAUGAGUGACUGAGUUUCGACACAGGACUUUACACGGAAGUGCAACAGUUCAAGUCGCUACACUCUGUGUAGCACACAAACGUAGAAAAAAGAAAUUCAGAAGAACUACACUGGAC